AAGAAGAAGAAUGAGCUGAAGGGAGGGCUCCCUCGUCUGGCUCAGACCGUUACAGCCCCACCCUUUUCCGCCUCUGCAGAUCUCUGUCGCAGCGCUAAACGUCGCAUGAAUCUAUAUUUCGGACGGAGAGAUCGACUCAACCAGGAAAUGGCUUCUUCUCUUCCUGCGUCUCUGUUCCUGCUGUCUGUGGUUUUCUGCCAGUUUGUUUCUGCUGCAGAUCAGAACAACGUGAAAAUCAAAGCUACACCUGGAGAGAACGUCAUUCUGCCAUGUGAAGCUCCUGACCAGAAGCAGAUUGUAGCCGCAGAGUGGAGCAGAACUGAUCUGGAGUCAGGAUUUGUCCUCCUGUACAGAGAUUCACAGUUUGAUCUAAUAAACCAGAAUCCAUCUUACAGGAACCGGGUUGAUCUGCUGGUUGGUCAGAUACAGAAAGGAGACUUUUCUUUGAUUCUGAAGAACACAACGACUGAUGACAGCGGAACGUAUGAAUGUGACGUCGUUAAAUCGGACCUUAUGAAGAAACGGAUCAGCUCCGUCAGCCUGGUUGUAACAGAACCGUUUCCAACCUGGGCCACAGUUCUACUGGUUCUACUGGUUCUACUGGUUCUGGCUCAGGUUGCUGCUGCAAUUUAUUACUUGUUCCUUUGGAGACCAGCCUCAGAACCGGUGGAGGUGGAAUCAGGAGAGGAGUUUGUCCUGCUGCCCUUUAAAGUCCCACGCUGCCUGUGGUUCUGUAAAUACAGAAUCUUCCAGCGUGUGGAUAAAGUGGAGUGGAAGGACGAAUACAACAGGACGGUCCAUGUGUAUCAGAAUGGUUCUGAUCAGCCUGGAGAACAGAACCUGAAAUACAGAACCAGAACCAAGAUGGAUGAAAACCUGCUGAAGACUGGAGACCUCAGUCUGACUCUGAGACGGCCCAGUGAUGAAGACGAGGACACCUUCACCUGCAGAGUUUAUAACAGGAAGGGAGACGUCCUGAUGAUGAAAGACGUCAGGCUAAAGGUCAAAGCCCUACAGGUGAUGGUGGAAACAGGGGAGGAGUCUGUCCUGCUGCCCUGCAGAACCACAGAGAAUCUGGAUGGAGACGUUAAGGUGGAGUGGAAGGAUGGAGGCAACAGGACGGUCCAUGUGUAUCAGAACGGUUCUGAUCAGCCUGGAGAACAGGACGAGUUCUACAAAACCAGAACCAAGAUGGAUGAAAACCUGCUGAAGAAUAAAAACCUCAGUCUGACUCUGAGUCGGCCCACUAGGAGAGACGGAGGGAUCUACACCUGCAGAGUCUACAGAGGCGGAGACAAGCUGAUGAUGAAACAAAUUAAUCUCCAGGUCAAAGUCCCAGAACGUGUGGAGGUGGAAUCAGGGGUGGAGUCUGUCCUGCUGCCCUGCAGAAUCACAGAGGAUCUGGAUGGAGACGUUAAGGUGGAGUGGAAGGACAAAGACAACAAGACGGUCCAUGUGUAUCAGAACGGUUCUGAUCAGCCUGGAGAACAGGACGAGUUCUACAGAACCAGAACCAAGAUGGAUGAAAACCUGCUGGAGAAUAAAAACCUCAGUCUGACUCUGAGUCGGCCCCUUCAGAGAGAUGAAGGGACCUUCACCUGCAGAGUCUAUAACAGAGACGGAGACAUCCUGAUGGUGAGACGAAUUUGGCUCAUUGUCAAAGUCCCAGAACGUGUGGAGGUGGAAUCAGGGGUGGAGUCUGUCCUGCUGCCCUGCAGAACCAGAGAGAAUCUGGAUGGAGACGUUAAGGUGGAGUGGAAGGGCAAAUACAACAAGACGGUCCAUGUGUAUCAGAACGGUUCUGAUCAGCCUGGAGAACAGAACCUGAUCUACAAAGACAGAACCAAGAUGGAUGAAAACCUGCUGAAGAAGAAAGACCUCAGUCUGACUCUGAAAUGGCCCACUGGUGGAGACAGAGGGACCUACACCUGCAGAGUCUACAACAGGAAGGGAGAAAAACUGAUGGAGAAAGACGUCAGGCUACAGGUCACAGUCCUACAGAUGGAGGUGGAAACAGGGGCGGAGUCUGUCCUGCUGCCCUGGAGAAUCAUAGAGGAUCUGGAUGGAGACGUUAAGGUGGAGUGGAAGGACAAAGACGACAGGACGGUCCAUGUGUAUCCGAACGGUUCUGAUCAGCCUGGAGAACAGGACGAGUUCUACAGAACCAGAACCAAGAUGGAUGAAAACCUGCUGAAGACUAAAGACCUCAGUCUGACUCUGAAAUGGCCCACUAGGAGAGACGAAGGGAUCUACACCUGCUGUGUCUCCAAGAGAGACGGAGACAUGCUGAUGAAGAAACAAAUUCAUCUCUGGGUCAAAGUCCAACAGGUGGAGGUGGAAUCAGGGGAGGAGUCUGUCCUGCUGCCCUGGAGAACCAGAGAGAGUCUGGGUGGAGACGUUAAGGUGGAGUGGAGGGACAGCAGAGGCAGGACGGUCCAUGUGUAUCAGGACGGUUCUGAUCAGCAUGGAGAACAGAACCAGAUCUACAGAACCAGAACCAAGAUGGAUGAAAACCUGCUGAAGAAUAAAGACCUCAGUCUGACUCUGAGACGGCCCACUGGGAGAGACGGAGGAACCUACACCUGCAGAGUCUACAGCUGGAAGGAAGAAAAACUGAUGGAGAAAAAAGUUUUUCUCCAACUUAAAUACCAACAGGUGGAGGUGGAGGAGGGGGCGGAGUCUGUCCUGCUGCCCUGCAGAACCAGAGAGAGUCUGGAUGGAGACAUUAAGGUGGAGUGGAGGGACAGAGACAACAGGACGGUCCAUGUGUAUCAGAACGGUUCUGAUCAGCCUGGAGAACAGGACCAGAUUUACAGAACCAGAACCAAGAUGGAUGAAAACCUGCUGAAGACUAAAAACCUCAGUCUGACUCUGAGACGACCCACUAGGAGAGGCGGAGGAACCUACACCUGCAGAGUCUACAACAGAGAUGGAGACAUGCUGAUGGAGAAACAAGUUCAGUUGGAGGUCAAAGUCCAACAGUUUCAGGUGGAGGUGGAGGAGGGGGCGGAGUCUGUCCUGCUGCCGUUCAGAGUGACCUCUGACCUGCUGGGAGGAGACAGAGUGGAGUGGUGGGACAGCAGAGGCAGGACGGUCCAUGUGUAUCAGAACGGUUCUGAUCAGCUUACAGAACAGAACCAGUUCUACAGAACCAGAACCAAGAUGGAUGAAAACCUGCUGAAGAAUAAAGACCUCAGUCUGACUCUGAGUCGACCCACUGAGAGAGACGCAGGAGAGUACAGAUGUAAAGUCUGGAGAGACGGAAAAAUACUGAGAAGAAAACGCUUCUUUCUGAAGGUCAAAGUCCCAGAGGUGGAGGUGGAACCAGGGGAGGAGUCUGUCCUGCUGCCCUGCAGAACCACAGAGAAUCUGGAUGGAGACGUUAAGGUGGAGUGGAAGGACGAGUAUGAUGAUGUGGUCCAUGUGUAUCAGAACGGUUCUGAUCAGCCUGAAGAACAGAACCAGAUCUACAGAACCAGAACCAAGAUGGAUGAAAACCUGCUGGAGAAUAAAGACCUCAGUCUGACUCUCAGAUAUCCUGCAGACAGUGGACUCUUCACCUGCAGAGUCUACAGCAGAGAUGGAGAAAUCCUGAUGGAGAAACAAGUUCAGCUGAAGGUCAAAGACCAUCAGGUGGAAUUAGGGGCGGAGUCUGUCCGGCUGCCAUUCACAGUGACCUCUGACCUGCUGGAAGGAGCUACAGUGGUUUGGUGGCACUGCAGUUGCAGGACAGUCCAUGUGUAUCAGAACGGUUCUGAUCAACCUAUAGAACAGAACCAGCUCUACAGAACCAGAACCAAGAUGGAUAAAAAUCCACAGAAGACUGGAGACGUCAGUCUGACUCUGAUCCAGCCCACUGAGAGAGACGCAGGACUUUAUGAAUGUAAAGUCUGGAGAGACGGAAAAAUACUGAGACUCAAAUGGUUCCGUCUGAAGGUCAAAGCAGGGACGGUCCAGGUCCAACAAGAGGACAUCAGAACCAGAACCAGCACCCCUGCUGAAUCAAUUCCUCUGAUGGCUGAUCAAUUAGUCUGAUCAGUUCAUUGAUCUGAUUGUUGAUCAGAGAGGAUCUGGAUCUGGUUCCGGUCUGCAGACUCAGUUUUUACCUCUGAAAUGAUGAAUCAUCCUCAGCUACCAGAACCGGGCCCAACAGAACCCCAGACA